AUGGCCCUCAACAAGAAAACCGUGGCCUUGGUGGCCGUGGCUCUCACGUUCUUCCUGGCUGCCACCUUCCACCAGACCAACAUUUUGCCCGAUGGCGUGAGCGCGCUGUACAGGGGGGCAAGCAAACCGCGAUACAUCUUCGUGGACCUCGGCGCGAACCGGGCGGACUCGCUGGAGGCGUUCCUGCAACACCCGGGAGCAAAGUUUGAAUUCGAUUUCCCCCGUCCAUCCUGGGCAACACACGAGCAGGCCGAGAUCUACCUGUUCGAGGCCAACCCGGUCUUCAACCCUGCCCUCGUCGAGGCCAAGGAGCGCUACACGGCGCAGGGGAAGAAGAUACAUAUCUUCCCGUCCACCGUUGCCGACGUCACCGACGGCACCCGCACCUUCUACCUGGACACCAUCAACGAGGCGCAUGACUUCUGGGGUUCCUCGACGUACGCCAACCACGCGGACGUGGUCAACUCGAAGAGCACCGGGACCGUGCUGUCGGCGGUCAACAUCGCGCGGUGGCUGCUCAUGAACACGCUGCCCCGCGACUUCGUCGUGGUCAAGGUGGACAUUGAGGGCGCCGAGUUCGACCUGAUCCCCCACUUCGUGGAGAUGAAGGCGUGGACGGUCAUCGAUCACCUGCUCGUCGAGUGGCACAGCUCCCUGCCUUCGGAGGACGCCAGGCAGGCGGCGGUCGAGGCGGUGGGGAGGCUCAGCGCCGAGGGCGUCAACACCCCUCCUUACAACUCGGGUGCAUGA